CGCUGCGAGCUCAAGCUUCUGAAGUAGAUUUCCGGUCUCUGCAAUCGAAUUGCCUUUCGCCGCGAUCAUCGUAGCAUCUAAUUCUUUGCAAUCUCAAAUACCGAUCAUGGGCCUCUCCAAACAGCAAGAAGCCCGAGCCAAUAGCUCUUUACAUCCUGAGGCAGAGCAAGUCAUCCGAGGCCGCGACGCCCCUAGUGACUCUGCGCAGACAAUGUCGCUAACUGAGCGCCAGCGUCCCACCACCUCUCUACACCGGCCCACCCACCGCGAACCAACGUUCGUUAGUCGAAGAUGUCAGCGCUAAUAUGGCGAAUCUCAGCGAGGGUGAUCCUCAGGAGACCAUCUCCGUGCCGAUGGUUCACAGCGCAGAGAACGUCAACUGGAAGAAACUGUGGUCGAAGGAUCGCAAAGUAGUAACACACUCUGUGAUUGUGCGCAAGAUGCCGCGCGAGUGGUAUCUAAAACAUUAUGCGAAAGAUGCCGAGGGAAACUAUGUCGGGACUGAGAAGCCCGCAGUGGAUGCAGGAUUGGUGUUUGUCCCGUCGAAGAGCACACCUGAUGAUCUGUUGCAACAGGUGCACAAGGUUGCGUUCGGGAAGCAACAUUACGCAGGAGACUUCUCGUCCGGAAUUGGUUUGAUGUCGGGCCUAGGAGACGGACUCGCGUUGACUAGCGGCCCGAGGAAGUAGUUCGAUCGUUGUUGAAACUAUUAUUCUAUUCUUGCUAGUAUGUAUUUCGUAUAGAAUAGGUCCAGCCUCUUCAAGAAUCUCGUACAUUCUUCUCAAUGUCA